AUGAUGCUGCCUGCUAUGUUCCUUCCUAGGAUGUCUUGGGUGCUGCUCUCCUGCCUGUUGCUUCUGUUACCAGUGCAAGGUAAAGAUGAUCAGGAGGAACUGAACUCCCCACGCAUAAGCUGCCCCAAGGGCUCUCAGGCCUAUGCCUCCCAUUGCUAUGCCUUGUUCAGGACAGCGAAAUCCUGGUUUGGUGCAGAGCUGGCCUGUCAGAAGCGGCCCUCAGGCCACCUCGUGUCUGUGCUCAGUGGAGCUGAAGGUUCCUUUGUGUCCUCCCUGGUGAAGAGCAGCGUGACCAGCUACCCGUACAUCUGGAUGGGGCUCCAUGACCCAACACAUGGCCAAGAACCCAAUGGUGAAGGAUGGCAGUGGAGUAAUGAUGAUGUGCUGAACUACUUUAACUGGGAGAGGAAUCCUUCUGCUGCCUCAAACCGUGGUUAUUGUGGGAGUCUAUCACAAGCCUCAGGAUUUAAGAAGUGGAGAGAUUAUGACUGCGAUACAAAUUUACCCUAUGUCUGCAAGUUCAAGGCCUAA